GGAAAAAAACAAAGCAGCGCCCAUCAACACCAGACACCAGCGACCAGGAAGCUGUCUGAGCUUUGUCUCUUCUUCAGGUAUGGUCCAGUGCUGAUGGCGCACUCUGAGCUGUUCGUGACAAGAGCGCCCCCUGUGGAGGGGACACGUGUGGAGCUGGAUGUUCUCAGCUUCCUGGAUUCUUUUGGGGAAGACAACAGCACUGCGGACAGAUGCUACCACUCGCACUCCCGCAGCAGUGUCCUCCAAGGUCUGCCAUUUGGAGGAGUGCCCACGGUCCUCGCCAUCAAUGUCGUGCUCUGGAUGCUCCUGUUGCUCAUCUUCUCCUGUCUGAGGAAGGCUGCAUGGGACUAUGGCCGCCUGGCUCUGCUGAUGGAGAAUGACAGUCUCACAUCCCUGUUUUAUGGAGAACCAAGUGAGAAAGAGAAGUCUCCGUCAGAGUCCAGCCCUUCCGACUCUGAGACCAAGGACAUGGGCUUCUGCUCAUGGCUGUCAUCACUCUACCAUAUGAAGGAUGAGGAGAUCCGUAGCAAAUGUGGCAUCGACGCCGUCACAUACCUGUCCUUCCAGCGCCACAUCAUCCUGCUCAUGACAGUGGUUUGCCUGCUGUCUUUGGCCAUAAUCCUGCCGGUCAACUUUUCUGGGAACCUCCUGGGAGACAGUCCUGAAAACUUUGGAAGAACAACACUGGCUAAUGUUAGUGCAAAGGACAGCUUUCUGUGGCUCCACAGCAUCUUGGCUCUGGUCUACUUCAUCAUCACGUUGCUGUGUAUGGCUCACCACUUGAUACGGCUGGAGUACCGAGAAGAUGAGCAGGUAGCCAGGACACUGAUGAUUACCUCCAUACCAAGAGAGAUCUCUGACCCCGGACUCCUCACCAAACACUUCCAUGAGGCCUACCCCAGCUGUACUGUCACUGAUAUCCGAUUCUGCUUUGAUGUCCACACGCUGAUGAGGCUGGACUUAGAGAGACGCAAGGCAAUGAAAGGCAGGCUGUAUUUUGCCACAAAGGCCCAAAAGGAAGGGAGGAUCAUGAUCAAGACCCAUCCAUGUGCUCAGAUAUUCUGCUGCGACAUCUGUGGCUUUGAAAAGGUGGAUGCAGAACAGUACUACAGCGAGUUAGAAGAAAAGCGGACAGACGAGUUUAACGCUGAGAAGAACCGCAUCUCCAUGAAGAGGCUCGGCAUUGCCUUUGUGACUUUUCGUGAUGAGAGGAUGACUGCUGUCAUUGUGAAGGACUAUGGUUGUGUACGCUGCCGUCGCAGACCACAGCAGUCCAGCAUCACCACUGUGGUGCAGUCGCAAAGGUGGGGGGUCAACUACGCACCUGCUCCUAGUGACAUCAUCUGGGAAAACCUGUCAGUGUGCGGAUCUCGCUGGUGGCUCCGAUGCGUCCUCCUCAACAUUCUCCUCUUCCUGCUGCUGUUCUUCCUCACCACUCCAGCCAUCAUCGUCAACACAAUGGACAAGUUCAACGUCACAAGGCCUGUGGACAGUCUGCGGAGCCCUGUCAUUACCCAGUUCUUCCCAACCCUCCUGCUGUGGGCGUUUUCGGUACUCCUGCCUUUCAUCGUCUACUACUCAGCCUUCUUUGAGUCCCACUGGACCAGAUCUGGUGAGAACCAAGUAACGAUGCACAAGUGUUUUUUCCUGCUGGUCUUCAUGGUCAUCAUCCUGCCCUCACUUGGUCUGUCCAGUCUGGACCUGUUCUUCACAUGGCUCUUUGAUGUCAACUUCUUGGAUGAGAAGGAGGUCAAAUUCCAGUGUGUGUUUCUUCCUGACAACGGUGCAUUCUUUGUGAACUAUGUGAUUACAUCAAGUCUGAUUGGCACAUCUAUGGAGCUGCUCCGUAUCCCAGCACUGACAGUGUAUGCCCUCCGCCUCUGCUUUGCCAAGUCCCAGGCUGAGCGCAUUCAUGUCAAACGGAGCCAAGCUUAUGAGUUCCAGUUUGGCCUGGAGUACGCCUGGACCAUGUGUAUCUUUGCAGUCAGUAUGACCUACAGCAUCACAUGUCCCAUCAUUACACCCUUUGGUCUGCUCUAUGUGAUCCUGAAGCACAUGGUCGACCGAUACAACAUCUACUAUGCAUACAUUCCCACUAAACUCAGCCAACGGAUCCACAGAGCAGCCAUCAGCCAGGUCAUCCUGGCCCCCAUCCUCUGCAUGUUCUGGCUGCUCUUCUUCUCAAUGCUCAGAUUAGGUCCAGUUCAUCCCAUCACCCUCUUCACCUCAGUGUCCCUGCUCUCCUGUAUUGCCUUUUCCCUCUUUCGCUUGUGCCUUAGGAAGCAACCAGACAAGUCGACAAGCUAUCAGAUGUCCGAUCAGCAAGCAGAGGAGACGUUUACUGAUGAAGACAGGAGUACCGAAACAUCCACAACUGCUUCUAGUCUGUUUGUGGCAUCUGUGCUGCUGGAGCCAGAGCUGGCUUUGACUCCCAUGCCGUCCCCGGCCCACCACAGCUACGGCACCAUGGCCAGCUCCCAAAGUUCAAGCCACGGCGUGGCGGAGGAAGAGCGGUGUGAGGAAGGCCACGCCCAGACCCGUGAGACUGAACUCCAAGACCCCCCAGACCCCUACUGCUCCAGCCUUGUAGGCUUCCAGUAACACUAAAUCCCCAAGCUGAUUCCACGUGUCCUUCACCUGGGGAACACAGAUUGCUAAAUGCUGCAAUGCUGCAUUUCCGUUGCCUCAGACCCUGAGACCAGACUGGGCUUGAUGAAGAACCUGAAAAGGAAAGAAUGCAGGAGCACAAUCCCUGUAAACGCUGUCAUAAAUAUAUAGACAGCAGUUUGCUAAAACAUCUCCUUAACUUGUCUCGUGGACAAAAACACCAAUCUUUACAGACGAUACGUCCCUAAAUGUACAGAUUAUUUCAGUUAAAAUAUUGGAUGCUCCAUGACAGGGAUCGCAACUUCUCCUGUGACUUCAUUCGCAAGUUAAAAAGGUUUAAAGUAACGAAAGUGUCUGCGGUGGAAUUGUCUUUGGGUUGCUAUCAGAGAUCCUCUCUCCAAUGCUGUGCCACUUGGACAUGAGUGGAGGUGAAAGUUCCUAUCAGUGUGGGUGGUGUGAGCAGGCUUGCCCCGGCAGACUGACAGAGUGGUCUGAGCCCGGGUGAUAUCUGGUUCCUCGAACGCAGAGCUCAGGGAGGCUGAGGGCGAGGGCAGCUAGUUGUGAAGCCAUCUGCAGUGAGAGCGCAGACAGACGGAGGGCCGAAUGUAACUUAGAGAUGUACUGUAAUAUAUGUACACUCUCAACAAGGAGGCACAAGCAGCUUGACUGUACCUGAAGCUUGUUGGAACUAUUAUCAAUUUAAGGUUGCUAUUUUUGCUACAGUAUUUUCGGUGUCAUUGAUAUUGUGCUCUGGGUUGGGGGCUACUGGAGAUUGUUUAGGGAUUUGCAGAGUUGUCCCGUCUUAAUCAGAGUAUUCCCUUAUUAUGCUAUUUUGACUGCGUAUGUGAUCCAAUUCAAUUUUUUAUUUCUUUAUUUUGAAGGUAUAGUUCAACAUUUUCACUUUCUUGCCGGGAGUUAGAUGAGAAGAUCAAUACCACUUCCACAUAUGAGUGUGGUAUACAUCUAAUUCUCUGCAAGAAAGGAAAUAGCUUUUUAUCAUAAAUUGCAGAAUAUUUUGAAAAAUAUACCGUGGUGUCUACUUCUUCUCACUGCAAGACAACCAUAUUGAACGAGAGAGGAAUUUAUUCAUUUUUAAUUUAACAUUUUUGCAUGCAUGUUGACUAUGUUGUAUAAAUUAGGUAUGCAUUUUCGUCCUUAACCAUAAGGUCAAGUUUCACAUGUGCUAGGCUUAUCGUCUGUCUGUGUGUUUGCAAGUUUUAUUUCCUUGUGGAGGGAUGAAAGUAUGUUUUGCUCCUGAAUGUAAAAUGAUGGUAGUUUGUUACUCAUGUCUCUUGCUGUGCCUUGAACAAACACGUCCUUUCGUGUGACAAUCCAGCAUGGCCUAAAAUAUGCUCCAUUGACUCAAAACUAAAGAGAUGAAAAUAACAACAAUCUUGAAAAACAACCCAGAGUAGUAAACAGGCAAUGGGUAGUUCAUUCUGUUAGUCAUCAGAUACGCAGGAGGCUCAUUCCACUGAGAUGUUGACCAAAACAUCUUCAACCAAGGUCCCCUUACUGCCUUUUCCGGAGCUUUUGACUAUAUCUCAUAAACUUCAACUGCAGAUUAGUUUGUUCAGUUUUCAUGGACAUGGUCAUAGUGAACUGUACAUGUUCAAACUUUAUACGAUAGUAGUGCAGGUUUUGGACUUUUCUUUCUAUGCUUUAUAGUUUAUUCAUGUUAAUAAAACAGUCUCUACCCAAGGUCCACUUACUUGCUUUUUCUGAAACCUUUAAGAGUAAACUAUAAUGUUCAACUUGUGCAGCACCAUGGAGAAGUCCUAAAGAUGUGUUUACUGUUUACACAUCAGUGACAACUGAGCAAACUUCAUCUGCUGAUGAACACCAUGUGAUAUGAUCAAAAGCUCUGGAAUAAGGUCAUUAUUAUAAUUUCAAGGUCAAGAACAGUCGAGCUCACCACUAAGCCAUUUUACUGUGUGUGUUUACAUCACAAUAGUUCCCUCACUUCUUUACGAUGUUUUGUAUUAUGUCCUUUUCGGUGCCUUGUUGUUGAUUUCGAUCACAUUUGUUUUUGUUCAUAUAAGAUGACCAAGUUCUCUCUAGAGGAUACAAUCUUUGAAACUUAUUUAUCCAGUGCCAUUAACUUAUAUUGGGUUUGUCUUACAUUUUAACAUGUUAGAUUAACAGUAACCACAAAAUCAUAGGUCUGUGACAUACAUUGUUUUCAGAUUUACUGCAUAAUAUUAAAUCAACUUGCUACAUUUUACAUGGAAUCUAACUGUAGUUUCUCAUGCUGUAUAGAAGAGAUGAAAGCAGAGCGAGAGUGGUCAGUGCAGAGAAUCAUGAAGAAAAAUCUAUUUGGAAAAAUAAACAUCAAAGAGCAUCUCAAAAUGUCUGUCUGUGAACUACCAACGUGUCCUGUGGGUUGCACAGAUCAUUAAACGUACUUUCCUUUGAAAAAUACAACAUAAAACUUAUUAGGCCAUUCUUAGCUCCAAUGUCCAUGCAAGGAGGGAUUGUCCAUUUUCAUGCUUAACGAGUUUUAUUGUAUCCUGUCGUGUCUUUUCAUAUGCUGUUGGCUUGGCCACCCGAGGUCUAUUUGGAGGUACAUUAGCUUUCCAGACAUGUCCACUGGUUUUCACUCUUGGUUAUGAAAUGUGUGUAUCAUAAGUGCUUUAUUUCAUGCAGUAUGUGAUCCUGCUGUAGAUGUGGGUUGUCAAGAAGGUUGAGGUUAAAGGAAAGACACCAUUUGAGAUUGAUCUCUGUCAGCUGUGUUGUUAAUGAGUUUUCAUCUGUCCAAAGUAAAGUGCUGUGAUCUGAAAUUAAAAUGAAUUCAACUCAAUCC